AUGGCUGCCGCAGUUGCGAACCAGCCCAAGCACGACUGGGCCGACGACGACGACGUCGAGGAGACCUCCACCGACCUCCCUGAGCCUCAGACCAUCGCCAAUAAGGAUGGAACAAAGACCAUCAUCACAUUCCGCUACGAUGACGACGGCCGCAAGGUCAAGACCGUUCGCCGCGUCCGAUUCAUUACCCACACCGAGACCGUAAACCCCCGCGUCGCCGACCGAAAAACCUGGCCCAAGUUCGGCCUCAGCGCAAAGGAUCCCGCAGGCCCUGCUCCCGACACCACCUCUGUCGGUGAGAACAUCAUCUUCCGGCCAAGCGUCAACUGGCGAAAGGCCGAGAAGGACGAUACCGCCGACACUGCUACCCAGAACAUGAAGGACCAGCUCAAGGACAAGCAGGUCAAGUGUCGUAUUUGCAACGGUCAGCAUUUCACUGCCCGAUGUCCUUACAAGGACACCAUGGCGCCCAUUGGAGAGAGCGGUGCUGCCGAUGUCGCUGCUGGUAUGGGAGACGAGCCUUCAGCCGCCGCGGCUGCCGGUGCCAAGAAGGGAUCAUAUGUUCCCCCUGCCCUGCGUGGCAACGGAACUGCUGGCGAGAGAAUGGGAUCCAAGUUUGGCGAGAGGGACGACUUUGCUACACUGCGUGUCACCAACGUUUCCGAGAUGGCCGAGGAGGGAGAGCUGCGGGAUAUGUUCGAGCGUUUCGGUCGUGUCACCCGAGUGUUCUUGGCCAAGGACAGAGAGACUGGCAUGGCCAAGGGUUUCGCCUUUAUCAGCUUUGCGGACCGAGGCGACGCCGUCAAGGCUUGUGCGAAGAUGGACGGAUUUGGUUUCAAGCAUCUCAUUCUCCGGGUGGAGUUUGCCAAGAAGGCUCAGUAA